CCCGAUCCCCGACUCCUCUCUUCCACCCUCUUCCUUCCCUUCUCCCCCCUUAAACUCCUCGUCCGCUUCCACCGGCGCACGCCCAACUCAGUCGCCCGCUCCCGUUCAGCCCGGCUCGAAGCCAUGGCGGGACCUGGGGGCUGGAGAGACAAGGAGGUCACGGAUCUGGGCCACUUGCCGGAUCCGACUGGAAUAUUUUCACUAGAUAAAACAAUUGGCCUUGGUACUUAUGGCAGAAUCUAUUUGGGACUCCAUCAAAAGACUGGUGCAUUUACAGCUGUUAAAGUGAUGAAUGCUCGUAAGACCCCUUUACCUGAAAUAGGAAGGCGAGUGAGAGUGAAUAAAUAUCAGAAAUCUGUCGGGUGGAGAUACAGUGAUGAGGAAGAGGAUCUCAGGACUGAACUCAAUCUUCUGAGGAAGUACUCUUUCCACAAAAACAUUGUAUCCUUCUAUGGUGCAUUCUUCAAGCUGAGUCCCCCUGGCCAGAGGCACCAACUUUGGAUGGUGAUGGAGUUAUGUGCAGCAGGCUCAGUCACUGAUGUAGUGAGGAUGACCAGAAAUCAGAGUUUAAAAGAAGAUUGGAUUGCUUAUAUCUGCCGAGAAAUCCUUCAGGGCUUAGCACACCUUCAUGCUCACCGAGUAAUUCACCGGGACAUCAAAGGUCAAAAUGUGCUACUGACUCAUAAUGCUGAAGUAAAACUGGUUGAUUUUGGAGUGAGUGCCCAGGUGAGCAGAACUAAUGGAAGGAGAAAUAGCUUCAUUGGGACACCAUACUGGAUGGCACCUGAAGUGAUUGACUGUGACGAAGACCCAAGACGCUCCUAUGAUUACAGAAGUGAUGUGUGGUCCGUGGGAAUCACUGCUAUUGAAAUGGCUGAAGGGGCUCCUCCUCUGUGUAAUCUUCAGCCCCUGGAAGCCCUCUUCGUUAUUUUGCGGGAAUCUGCUCCCACAGUCAAAUCCAGCGGAUGGUCCCGCAAGUUCCACAAUUUCAUGGAAAAAUGCAUGAUAAAAAAUUUUUUAUUUCGUCCUACUUCUGCAAACAUGCUUCAUCACCCAUUUGUUCUGGAUAUAAAAAAUGAACGACAUGUUGUUGAGUCGUUAACAAAGCAUCUUACUGGAAUCAUUAAAAAAAGACAGAAAAAAGGGAUACCUCUGAUCUUUGAAAGAGAAGAAGCUAUUAAGGAACAGUACACCAUGAGAAGAUUCAGAGGACCCUCUUGCACUCAUGAGCUUCUGAGAUUGCCAACCAGCAGCAGAUGCAGACCACUUAGAGUCCUGCAUGGAGAACCUUCUCAGCCAAGGUGGUUACCUGAUCAAGAAGAGCCACAUGUCCAGGCACUUCAUCAACUACAGGGAGCAGCCAGGGUGUUCAUGCCACUAAAGGCUCAGGACAAUGCACCUAGGCCUCUACAAGGGCAAGCUCGGGCACCUCGACGACUACAAGGGGCAGCUCAGGUUUUCAUGCCACUACACGCUCGGGUUAAGGCUAAGGCUUCUAGGCCUCUACAGAUGCAGAUUAGGGCACCUCCACGACUACGGAGGGCAGCCCGAGUGCUCAUGCCACUACAGGCUCAGGCUAAGGCACCUAGACCUCUACAUGUACAGGCCCAGGUAUCCAAAGGGCAGCAGGACCAGGACCAGGCCUCAGAACAGACACAAGAUCUAGACCAGGUGCCAGAGGAAUUUCAGGGGCAAGAUCAGAUACCCGAACAACACCAAAGGCAGGGCCAGGCACCUGAACAACAGCAGAGGCUGAACCAGGUACCUGAACAGCAGCUGGAACAGAACCAGGCACCUGAACAACCAGAGGUACAGGAACAGGCUGUUGAGCCUGCAGAAGAAGAGACAGAGGCGGAGGAACCUGAGUCCUUACGAGUGCAUGCCCAGGUGUUCCUGCCCCUACUGUCACAGAACCACCAUGUGCUGUUGCCACUACAUUUGGAUACUCAGGUGCUCGUUCCCAUAAAGGGGCAAACAGAAGGGUCACCUCAGGCACAGGCCUGGGCCCUAGAGCCCCCACAGGCAGUUGGCUCAGUUCAAGCACUGAUAGAGGGAUUAUCAAGAGACUUGCUUAGAGCACCGAACUUCCAUAACUCAAAGCCACUUGGUCCACUGCAAACCCUGAUGGAAAACCUGUCGACAAACGUGUUUUACUCUCAACCAGAACAGGCACAGAAGAAAAAAUCAAAAGUUUCUAGUCUAAGGCAGGCACUAGCAAAAAGACUGUCACCAAAGAAAUUUAGGGCAAAGUCAUCACGGAGACCUGAAGAGCUGGACUUCUCAGAUCUAGAAGCCCACAGGCGAAGGCGCCAAUGCAGAUGGGAGGAUAUCUUUAAUCAGCAUGAGGAGGAAUUGAGACAAAUUGAAAAUGACAAAGAAGAUGAGUCAUCAAACAAUGAAGUAUUUCAUCCGAUUCAGGCUGAAGUUGAAAUAGAACCUUUGGAGCCAUAUGUUCCGAAUCCUAAAGCAAAUGAGGUCCCAGAAAGAUCUACAUCUAUGCCUUACAACCAGGAUCAUGCACACGAUGUCAAGCUCUCUUCAAGUGUUCCUCAGCGGUCUAUUUUGGAGCAAGCUCAGAAGCCCACUGACAUCAGACAGAGGAGUUCGCAAAAUCCUCAGAAUUUUGCAGCAGCAUCAGAAUCUUCUUCUGAGGAAGAGAGUCCUGUGACCAGGAGGAGGUCUCAGUCAUCACCGCCAUAUUCUACCAUUGAUCAGAAGUUGCUGAUUGAUGUCCAUGUUCCAGAUGGAUUUAAAGUAGGAAAAAUAUCACCCCCUGUAUACUUGACAAAUGAAUGGGUUGGCUAUAAUGCACUCUCUGAAAUCUUCCGGAAUGAUUGGUUAACUCCUGCACCUGUCAUUCAGCCACCUGAAGAAGAUGGUGAUUAUGUUGAACUCUAUGAUGCUGGUGCUGGUACUGAUGGUGAUGAUGGUGAUUCUAAUGAUGCUUAUGAAGAUACUUAUGACCAUACCAAUGGCAAUAAUGACUUGGAUAACCAGGUUGAUCAGGCUAAUGAUAUAUGUGAAGACCAUGAAGAUGAUGACAACAAUGAUGAAUCUGUUGAUGAUGUAGACAAUAAUUGUGAUGAUGCGCCUAGUUGGCCAAGGGCAAGCUAUGGCAGAGAUGAAGGCUGCAAGCAAGAUGGCAGUGAUGGAAGUGAUGGAAAAGAAGGAGUCUGCAGAGGUUAUGGAAGCCAGAGAGCCUGUAGAAGCCGUGAAGGCAGUGCAGCCAGUGGGGGCAAUGCAGCCAUUAGAGAUGAAGAAGGACACAGAGCCAAUAUAGACAGUGGAAGAAGAGGCAGCGGGGGUAAUGGAGGUAAGGGAAUCAGUGGAACCAAUGAAGAAAGUGGAGCCCUUGAACUCAAUGGAGGAGAAAUUUGCUCAGAGACAGAUGGUCCAGGAUUGGAGAGACCCUCAUCCCAGGAAUUUGAACAUCAAGAGGAGCCAGGUGGUGUAAGUGAGGCCUCAAACAACAUUGCCUUAGGUGCUGCACCCUCAGCACCUAAUGACAAGAAUGAGAGUACAGACAUACUGGAAUCAUCAACACAACUGGGUUUUUCUGCCAGCCACUCAUCUCCUUCCAAAAGUUUUGGGGGAGCUGCUGAUGCUGACUUUGCCAGUGCAAUCUUAUAUGCUGGAUUCGUGGAAGUACCUGAGAAAUCACCUAAGCAACCCUCUGAAGUCAAUGUUAACCCACUCUAUGUCUCUCCUGCAUGCAAUAAACCACUAAUCCAUAUGUAUGAAAAGGAAUUUACUUCUGAGAUCUGCUGUGGUUCUUUGUGGGGAGUCAAUUUGCUGUUGGGAACCCGAUCUAAUCUGUAUCUGAUGGACAGAAGUGGAAAGGCAGAUAUUACUAAACUUAUAAAGCGAAGACCCUUCCGCCAGAUUCAAGUCGUAGAGCCACUCAAUUUGCUGAUUACCAUCUCCGGACAUAAGAACAGACUUCGGGUGUAUCAUUUGACCUGGCUGAGGAACAAAAUUUUGAAUAAUGAUCCAGAAAGUAAAAGAAGGCAAGAGGAAAUGCUAAAGACGGAGGAAGCCUGCAAAGCUAUUGAUAAGUUGACAGGCUGUGAACACUUCAGUGUCCUCCAGCAUGAAGAAACAACAUAUAUUGCAAUUGCUUUGAAAUCAUCCAUCCACCUUUAUGCAUGGGCACCAAAGUCCUUUGAUGAAAGUACUGCUAUUAAAGUAAUAUGCAUUGAUCAAUCAGCAGACUCGGAAGGAGACUACAUGUCCUAUGAAGCCUAUAUACGAAUACUGGCAAAAAUACAGGCAGCUGAUCCAGCUAACCGGUUUAAGAGACCAGAUGAGCUCCUUCAUUUGCUGAAACUCAAGGUAUUUCCAACACUUGGUCAUAAGCCAGUGACAGUUGACCUGGCUAUUGGUUCUGAAAAAAGACUAAAGAUUUUCUUCAGCUCAGCAGAUGGAUAUCAUAUCAUUGAUGCAGAAUCUGAGGUUAUGUCUGAUGUGACCCUGCCAAGUAACCCCCUGGAAAUCAUUAUACCACAGAAUAUCAUCAUUUUGCCUGACUGCUUGGGAAUUGGCAUGAUGCUGACCUUCAGUGCUGAAGGCCUCUCUGUGGAAGCAAAUGAACAACUCUUCAAGAAGAUCCUUGAAGUGUGGAAAGACAUUCCCUCUUCUGUAGCUUUUGAGUGUACACAGCGAACCACAGGAUGGGGCCAAAAGGCCAUUGAAGUGCGCUCUUUGCAAUCAAGGGUUCUGGAAAGUGAACUGAAGCGCAGGUCAAUUAAGAAGCUGAGAUUUUUGUGCACCCGAGGUGACAAGCUGUUCUUUACCUCUACCCUGCGCAAUCGUCACAGCCGGGUUUACUUCAUGACCCUUGGAAAACUUGAAGAACUCCAAAACAAUUAUGGUGUUUAA